GGAGAGGCGGUGAGCGGCAAAGCCCGAACCAAGAACUGCCCACCUUUGUGACAUCCUGUCUGUUGCUAAGCAACAGAUAGGAAGCAGGGCUCUACUCACCCCAGGAUCCCUGGGAAGAGCCUUGGACUGAGGAGCUCCAAAAAGGAAGCUGUGGCACUGCGGAGGCAAGGAGGGAAGAAAGUAGGUCUCCGAGAUGCUGCGGCUUGUUGUGCAGUCAGCCAAGAUUGACCCACCACUAGCCCCCCUACCCAGGCCCUGCAUGUCCAUCGACUUCAGAGAUAUCAAGAAAAGAACACGUGUGGUGGAAGGGAAUGAUCCCGUGUGGAAUGAGACCCUAAUCUGGCACCUCUGGAACCGCCCCCUGGAAAAUGACUCCUUCCUGCAAGUCACCCUUCAGGACAUGGGCUCACAAAAGAAAGAAAGAUUCAUUGGCCUGGCCACAGUACUGCUCAAGCCAUUGUUGAAACAACCAAGUGAGGUCCUUUUUGUGAAGGACUUGACCCUGCUCAACCAUUCCAUGAAGCCCACAGAUUGUACUGUCACCCUACAGGUGGCCCACAUGAGCAACCAGGAUAUUGAGAAGACAGGAGCUGAAGACCUCCUAGGCAUAACGGCAAGAGAGGCAGCCAGGCAGAAAUUGAUGGUCCCUGGCUCCACUGUGCACAGGGCUCUGUCCUCAAAGCCUCAGCACUUUCAGGUUCGAGUGAAGGUGUUUGAAGCCCGACAGCUCAUGGGCAACAACAUCAAACCAGUGGUAAAGGUGUCCAUCACAGGCCAGCAGCACCAGACGCGCAUCAAGAUGGGAAACAACCCUUUCUUUAAUGAGAUCUUCUUCCAGAAUUUUCAUGGGGUUCCUGCAAAGUUCUUCGAUGAGACCAUCUUAAUCCAGGUGGUGAACUCCUCAGCAAUGAGAUACAAAGCAGAGAUCGGGAGAUUUCAAACAGAUAUUGGGUUUAUCUAUCAUUCUCCAGGUCACACACUCCUAAGGAAAUGGCUAGGCCUCUGCCAGCCAAAUAACCCUGGCAGUGGUGUGACAGGCUACCUGAAAGUCACCAUCUGUGCCCUCGGUGUGGGAGACCAGGCCCUGAUAGAUCAAAAGCUGCUAUAUGGGGCCGAUGACACUGAUAUUCAGAUCUUCAAGUCAGCGGUAGUCCCGAUCAACAUGGCUUACUUACAGUUCUUCAUCUACUGCGCAGAGGACCUUCACCUCAAGAAACACCAGUCAGUGAAUCCUCAGUUGGAGGUGGAACUAAUUGGGGAAAAGCUCAGGACACACAUGCAGACCCAAACCGACAACCCGAUAUGGAACCAGAUCCUGACCUUCCGGAUUCAGCUACCCUGCCUCUCCAGCUACAUCAAGUUCAGAGUCUUGGACUGCCACAGGAAGGACUGCCCGGAUGAGAUUGGGACGGCCAGCCUGUCCCUCAACCAGAUCUCGUCCACCGGAGAAGAGAUAGAAGGAGUGUACUCUGGCUUCCUGCCCUGCUUUGGCCCCAGCUUCCUGACUCUGCACGGGGGUAAAAAGGCCCCUUUCAGGAUCCAGGAAGAAGGCGCUUGUAUUCCCGACUCUGUUAGGGAUGGUUUAGCUUAUCGAGGCCGAGUCUUCCUGGAGUUAAUCACCCAAAUCAAGUCCUAUCAAGACUCCACGAUAAAGGAUCUCUCCCAUGAAGUGACCAGGAUAGAGAAGCACCAGAACCGCCAAAAGUAUGGGCUGUGCGUCAUCUUCCUCUCCUGUACCAUGAUGCCCAACUUUGAAGACCUGAUCCAUUUCGAGGUCAGCAUUGGUCACUAUGGGAACAAGAUGGACCUGAAUUACAAGCCUCUAGUCUCAAGCACGCAGUACAGCCCAGUGAUAUAUGAUGGGAACAUCUACCAUUAUGUGCCCUGGUACAACACCAAGCCUGUCGUGGCCGUGACCUCCAACUGGGAGGACGUCAGCUUCCGCAUGAACUGCCUCAACCUCCUCCACUUCACUCGGGACCGCCUGAAAGCCAACCUGGACACCCUGAAAUCCACGCGGAAUCUGAAGGACCCAGCUCUCCUCUACCAGUGGGAGAAACUGCUGAGGGAGCUGGCGGAGGACUGCAAGCGCCCUCUGCCCUGCAUGACCUAUCAGCCCAAAGCCACCAGCCUGGACAGGAAGAGGUGGCAGCUCCGCAGCCUCCUCCUGCAGGAACUGGCCCAAAAGGCCAAGCAAGCCAAGCCCAAGGACAUGGUGGCCACAGCGGAGGACUGGCUGUACCGCCUCAACGCCGUGCUCCCUGAGCCCCAGAUGGGCCUCCCUGACGUGAUGAUUUGGCUGGUGGCCAAGGAGCAGCGAGUGGCCUAUGCACAGGUGCCUGCCCACUCCGUCCUCUUCUCCCCGGCAGGGGCUCUGCACUCCGGCAGGCUCUGCGGGAAGAUACAGACACUCUUCCUACAGUACCCAGAGGGUGAAGGACAGAAGGAUGUGCUCCCAGCUCACCUCCGGGUCUGCAUGUGGCUUGGCAAUGUCACAGACAGCAAGGACCUGCAGCUGCUCCGCCAGGGUGACAUGGCGGUGUACGCCGAGAUGUACGAGAAUCAGGCCAAGUAUAAAGACCAGUGGGGGCAGCAGGGGCUGUAUCGCUGCCCCAACUUCUCAGAUGUCAUGGGGAACAAGACCCUCCCCAUGACGAAUUUCCAGCCACCCCUGGGAUGGCACUGGCAGGACAGCUGGACAGUGGAACCUCAGAGAAGAUUCCUCCUGGACAUAGACAUCAACAAGAGCCAGGUGCUGGAGGAGGUAUAUGAGAACCAGGGCCGUGACACCAGAGGCGCCUGGGGGCCUGCCGCCGUCCCAAACACAGACGUGAAUGGACAGCCCAUGGAGGCCCGGGAGAACGUGAAGUGCCCCCAAGGCUGGCACUUUAAGAAGGACUGGGUGGUGGAGCUGAACCACGCAGUGGACAGUAAGGGCUGGGAGUAUGGAGUGGGGAUCCCACCGUCAGGCCUGCCCCAGGUCUGGAGCCCGGUGGAGAAGACGUACCACUCGUGCCGCCGCCGGCGCUGGGCGCGUGUGCGCUUCAGGAACCAUGGGGAGCUGAGCCACGAGCAGGAGACCCUCUCCUUCCUGCAGCUGGGCCUGGCCAAGGGCGAGGAGGAGGGCUGGGAGUAUGACACCUUCGGCUCCAAGUUCCACCUCAACCCUCAGCCCCAGAGCCGGUUCCGCCGCCGCUGCUGGCGCCGCAGGCUGGCCCCCAACAAGGACAAGGGCAUCGCGCCCAUAUUCCUCCUGGAGGGGUCCUUGGCUAUGGAUCUGAAAUACCAUGCUGGGAAGGAAGAGAACAGCAAGACAUGGCCAUGGGGUCUGGACAGACAGUUCAGGGACCCCCAGAGGCAGGACACCCGGCCCCCCAACUUGCCCUUCAUCUACUGCACCUUCAAUAAGCCCCACUACUACCAGCUCUUCUGCUACAUCUACCAGGCCCGGAACCUGGUGUCCAAUCAGAUCCUGACAUUCCAAGGGCCCUUCAUUCGGGUGGUCUUCCUGAACCACAGCCAGUGCACCCAAACCCUGAGGAGCUCUGCAGGCCCCACAUGGGCCCAGACACUCAUCUUCCAGCACCUCCUUCUGUACGAGAACCCGCAGGACACCAAAGAGAGCCCACCACUUGUGGUGCUGGAGCUGUGGCAGCGUGACUCCUGGGGCAAGGAGAGCUUGUGGGGACGGAGCAUGUGGCCCCCAGUGGUCUGGCUGGAUCUCCAGGACCGGAUCCUGCCCCCCAUGAGGUGGCACCCCCUUGUAAAGGAGUUGGGGAAGGAAGAAGGCGAGAUCUUGGCAUCCUGUGAGCUGAUCCUCCAGACUGAGAAGCUUGGAGAGAAGCAGCUGCCUAUCUUAAGCGUUCCCUGGAAGAAUGGGGCAUACACACUCCCCAAGAGCAUCCAGCCCACGAUAAAGAGGAUGGCCAUUGAGAUCCUGGCCUGGGGCCUUCGGAACAUGAAGAAGGCGAGCUCCCCUCAGCUCCUGGUGGAAUUCGGGGAAGAGUCCCUGAGGACAGAACCCAUCAGGGACUUUCAGACCAACCCCAACUUCCCCGAGUCCGAGUCUGUCCUAGUCCUCACAGUGCUCAUGCCGACGGAGGAGGCCUACGCACUGCCCCUCGUGGUGAAGGUGGUAGACAACUGGGCCUUCGGCCAGCAGACUGUGACGGGCCAGGCCAACGUCGACUUCCUCCAGCCCUACUUCUGUGACCCCUGGGCUAAGGACUACAUGCACCCAAAGCUUCCAACGCUGUCUGAGAAGCACCACCAGGAUUUCCUAGGCUACCUCUACAGAAAGUUCUGGUUCAAGUCUAGUAAAGCACAGGAUGAGUAUGAGCACGAGGUGGACUGGUGGAGCAAGCUGUUCUGGGCCACAGAUGAGCACAAGUCCCUGAAGUACAAGUACAAAGACUACCACACCCUCAAGGUGUAUGACUGUGAGCUGGAGGCCGUGCCAGCCUUCCAGGGCCUGCAGGACUUCUGCCAGACCUUCAAACUCUACCAGGAGCAACCCAAGUUGGACAGCCCCGUGGUAGGGGAGUUCAAGGGCCUUUUCCGCAUCUACCCCUUUCCUGAGAAUCCAGAAGCCCCAAAGCCCCCGCUCCAGUUCUUGGUUUGGCCAGAGAGAGAGGACUUCCCCCAGCCGUGCUUGGUGCGGGUGUACGUGGUACGAGCCAUCAACCUGCAGCCCCAGGACUACAAUGGCCUGUGUGACCCUUAUGUGAUCCUGAAACUGGGCAAGACAGAGCUUGGCAACCGGGACAUGUACCAGCCCAACACUCUGGAUCCCAUCUUUGGCACGAUGUUUGAACUCACCUGCAAUAUACCCCUGGAGAAGGACCUAGAGAUCCAGCUCUAUGACUUCGACCUAUUUUCACCUGAUGAUAAGAUAGGAACCACAGUCAUCGACCUUGAAAACCGACUCCUCUCUGGCUUUGGAGCUCAUUGUGGGCUCUCCAAAUCCUACUGCCAGUCAGGGCCCUUUCGAUGGCGGGAUCAGAUGCCCCCAAGCUACCUCCUAGAACGCUAUGCCAAGCGGAAAGGGCUACCUCCACCUCUGUUCAGUCCUGAGGAAGAUGCUGUUUUCUACAACGGGAAAAAGUUCAAGCUGCAAAGCUUUGAGCCCAAAACCCCUACUGUUCACGGUUUGGGACCCAAGAAGGAACGCCUUGCACUGUACCUUCUGCACACCCAGGGGCUGGUACCUGAGCACGUGGAGACCCGCACACUGUACAGUGACAGCCAGCCAGGCAUCGACCAGGGAAAGGUGCAAAUGUGGGUGGACAUCUUCCCCAAGAAGCUGGGGCCUCCUGGCCCCCAAGUCAACAUCAACCCCAGAAGGCCUAAAAGGUAUGAGCUGCGCUGCAUCAUCUGGAAGACUGCCAAUGUGGACCUGGUGGAUGACAAUUUAAGUAGAGAGAAGACAAGCGACAUCUACAUCAAAGGGUGGUUAUACGGGCUGGAGAAGGACAUGCAGAAGACAGAUAUCCACUACCACUCGCUGACUGGGGAGGCCGACUUCAACUGGCGGUUCAUCUUUACCAUGGACUACCUGGCGGCGGAGCGCAUGUGUGUCCAGAGCCAGAAGGAUUAUAUAUGGAGCCUGGAUGCCACGUCCAUGAAGUUCCCAGCCCGACUCAUCAUCCAGGUCUGGGACAAUGACAUCUUCUCCCCCGACGACUUCCUAGGGGUCCUGGAGCUGGAUUUGUCUGACAUGCCCCUCCCGGCUCGGCACGCCAAGCAGUGCUCCAUCAGGAUGAUGGACGCCGACCCCAAGUGGCCCUAUUUCCUCCAAUACAAGCACUUCUCCCUCUUUAAGAAGAAGACUGUGACUGGCUGGUGGCCUUGCCAGGUCCUCGAUGGUGGCAAAUGGCGCUUGUCGGGCAAGGUGAAGAUGAGCCUGGAGAUUCUGUCAGAGAAGGAAGCCUUAAUCAAGCCAGCUGGGCGAGGCCAGUCGGAACCCAACCAGUACCCUACACUUCAUCCUCCCCUACGCACCAACACCUCUUUCAUGUGGUUGCAGUCACCAGUUCAAAACUUCUGCUAUAUUUUCUGGAAACGCUAUCGCUUCAAACUCAUAGCCUUUAUGGUCAUAUCGAUUAUAGCACUUAUGCUGUUCAACUUUAUCUAUUCAGCUCCGCACUAUUUGGCCAUGAGCUGGAUCAAACCUCAACUUCAGCUGUAUCCUCCCAUUAAAAUAUUCAAUAUUAUCACUUCACUAAACACCAGCAAUGCCAGCUCUUCCAUCCUUCCCACCCAGGAUCCAAACCUAAAGCCUACAAUAGACCAUGAGUGGAAACUCCACCCAGGACCCACAAAUCACCUGAGUGACAUUUUCCCAGAACUUCCAGCCCCAGGAGACUAAUUAGCCCAUGCUGCCUGGCUUUCCUCCCGCUACCAACAGCCCUCCCCUUGGGCUGGCUACCGGUUCUUUGUUUCUAUCUUCUAGGAUAUAUGCAAGGUGCUAGGAAUGUUCUGGCUGUGUUCAGAAUAUUUCUGUGUUCAGAAAUCACUUCCAACAAGAAGAGCAGAGCUGUAAUUUUCCACUGAAAUAAACAAGUUCUAUAACAGA